AUGCCACAGGGUAUUCUGCAGAACUUCAGUCCUCUUGAGGGCUUCGGCUACCUCCUGCCAGACGAAUGGCAAUUUUACGGCUACGUCUGUGCGGAUGUCACUAGCUUCGCCGGUGAUCGUCAGCAUCUGCGAAGUGGACUUCGCGUAGUCUUCCAGGCGGAAUGGAGUCACGAAGCUGCGGCGUACUUUGCCGUGUGCUGGUGGUGCGCGGACUGGACGUUUGCGGCGAUUGAAGAAACAACGACAAUAGAAGAGGCCAGUGCACAGGAGAAGAUCACUAUCCGAUCGAACGAUCGCGGAGUUUGGUGGAAGGUUUCAGAUGAUGAUCGGCAAGAUAAGGUGAAGUCAGACAAGAGCCAGAUCGAAGUGGCUGGAAUGGAGGAGGAAUCGCCUUUGGACGAGGCUUGCGCAGAGGCGGAGGCUGAGUCAGACAAGAGCCAGAUCGAAGUGGCUGGAAUGGAGGAGGAAUCGCCUUUGGACGAGGCUUGCGCAGAGGCGGAGGCUGAGUCAGACAAGAGCCAGAUCGAAGUGGCUGGAAUGGAGGAGGAAUCGCCUUUGGACGAGGCUUGCGCAGAGGCGGAGGCGAAGUCAGACAAGAGCCAGAUCGAGGUGGCGGGCAUGGAGGAGGAAUUGCCUUUGGACGAGGCUUGCGCAGAGGCGGAGGUUGGAGCUUGGCGAAGAACGCGCGCGUAG